AUGGGAUGGGAAGGGUUGUUUGAAGAGCAGAAGAAAAGAGGAGGAGAGCUGGGUGGAGGCUGGUGGGAAUGGGCAUGGCAGGAGGUGCCGGGUACAAUCAUCGCCCCAUGGGGACCUCUUCUACCAGGUCACCCUCGCUCUUGUGCUGGUGGGGGCUGGCGUCAGACAGGCAGAGAUGGCAGCACAACCUCUGGGCUUAGGCUGUCCCUUCUUUGGCAGGAGCAGGACCCCACAGCCAGUGCUCUGUCACGCUACCUCCAGGUCACUUCUCAAGAAUCUGGAACCAAACCACUGACCUUCACAUUUGUACCAUCCAUUGGAAGACUUCCAACUCAUUUUGAGGUUGUAGAUGUCUCUAAGUUCCUUGUGACAAUUCCAGAUGAGCCAAAGGAUCUGAGCAAUCAAGAGAUUAUAAAUAAGUCUAACGUAGUCUCUGAUGAGCUGGCCUUAAAGAGCGGGGCCAGACAAGACCGUGUGUCUGCCAUCUGUACAGACAGCACCGGAACAGCUUUCCAGUCCCUGGGGUGUAACUCAAGCAAAGGAGAAAUGCAGGAGAAUGACCUUUUUAAGGCUGAGUUUAUCCUGAUUACGGACUCUGGUGAUGAAGAUGAAGUAGCCGCUGCCUCAAACAACAUUCAUCUGCCUUCCAAUGGCUACGGUCCCAUCAGCGCUCAGCUGCUGGCCACAUCCCACGUUUCCCCUGGCACCGGGGCAGGGAAACCUCCUGGUGAUGGGCACGUUCCAGGUGCUGCACUUUCCCACAGCACUGCUGAUCUGCAAAAACAUCAGGCAUUAGAAGAGCCAGCCAAGAGUGCUAGUAUGACUGAAGGCACUGUUUUGGACACCCAUUCAGAGAUGUGCUCCCCUGCCCAGCUCAGACAACAAACAGAAGAGCUGUGUGCUGUCAUUGAUCAAGUCCUGCAGGACCCGUUGACUAUGCGCCGAUGUGAGUCUUCUCCAAGUUUUCUGCAGAUGAGCACGGAGUCAGAUGUUGGCAAGGUCUCAACAACACUGCAGAGAGCAGCUGGGCGUGAAACCAGAUAUGCCAACCUUUACAAAUCAGCACCUAUGGUGACAGAGAAUCAGCUGCCCAGUCAUCCCAUAGUGCCUAUUCCAGAAAAUGAAACACUCAGCUCUAAGGAGGUUGCCAAUGAAAGAGGUUCUGUAUAGCUAUGAUGCCCCGAAUUAGGAUCAAGAGCUAAAGCCGUAGAGUAUUUUGAGGCCUGUUUCUAUACUAAGAAGGAAUCAACGGCACAAAUGUUAUUUAAAGCACCAUUAAAAAAAAAAAAAAUGCUUCCAGUAUGCUAAUUCAAAGCAAUAAUAACAAUCAAAUAUUCUUUCAAGAGAUAAUCUUAUGUACUAGCAUAAUUAACCCCAGAGAUACACACAUGAAUGUGCCAUAUUGAAAUACGAUUUCUUGAAGGGCUUGCUGGUUUAAGAGAUGCUGAAAAUAACACAGCAUAUUUUCUCUAGAAAUAAUAUAAAUGUUGAAAUUAAAUAAAGCCAUAUUUUUG